AUGGCAUCAAAUGAUAAAGAUCGAUAUGCGUCUAAUACGUCAGGCUUGACCGAGGCGGAGACGGCUCUGCUGGAUCUGGCAGCUGACAACCGCCAGAAAGUCUUAUCGCUGUCUAGCAAGGAGGAGCUACUAUUGCAACUUUAUGAUCAAAUCCAGGAACUAGAGCUGGAACGCGCAAUCCUAGAGCAAGAUUCGGAGGAGACCACAGCUGAAGAUGCGGAAGAGCAGCUUUCAGUCGCAGAGCGCGAACUCUUAGAAGCUCGGGCGACAUUCACAGUGCAAAGAAAAGCGACUGAAUCGAUUCUCAUGACGGAUCCGAUUUUGAAAGCAGUGCACUCAAAAGCGACAUCCCCUGCAGAAAGAGCUCUUCUGCCAUUAGUCAACUGUCGAGACGUACUGUCCCUUGUUUAUGAAAACCUUUCCAUCGCGCGAACCGCUACAGUUGAAGCACUAUCAAAUGCCGAGGUUGAAAAUAUACGCCUGAUGGAACAAAAUAAAGGACUAGCUUCCGAACUCUUGGCGUUAACAGCGCAAGAGACAUCGUGGCGCGACCGGGUCAGUGAUAAAGCUGUGAUCGCUCAGCUAGAGGAUAUCGAGCAAGAGUACAAGAAGACUCGCGCUCAGAGGGAUACUAUUCAGAGUAUGAUUAGCGCAUUGGUAGUAGGAAGCGGAGUUGACUGGGCUCGUGAUGACCGAUUGCGCAAUCUGGUGCUUGAUGAGCUAGAUUGA